AUGCGGACUGUCACAGCCCCAACGACUUCCCUGCCUGCUAAACCGCAAUCUCCCACCGAGCAGCUGACAGACUCUCCGCGGGCCCAGACCAGGAGGACUAUAGAGUGCUGUAACACAGACUUUUGUAACAAAGACCUGAUGCCCACACUGCCCCUGUACACUCCCACCGGAGACUACCUCAGCAGUGCCCACUGGCUGGCGUUCCUCAUUUCCAUGACCGUGUGCUGCUGUGCUCUGAUCUGCGUCACCGUGGUUUGUUACUACAGGUAUAAAUGGCAGAGCGAACGUCAGCGUUACCAUCGAGACCUUGAGCAGGACGAGGCCUUCAUCCCUGCAGGAGAGUCCCUCAAAGACCUCAUCCACCAAUCCCAGAGCUCUGGCAGUGGCUCAGGCCUCCCUCUGCUGGUCCAGCGGACCAUAGCCAAACAAAUCCAGAUGGUCCGUCAGAUUGGAAAGGGCCGAUACGGGGAGGUGUGGCUCGGCCGCUGGAGAGGAGAAAAGGUGGCUGUCAAAGUCUUUUUCACCAGAGAGGAAGCCAGCUGGUUCAGAGAGACAGAGAUCUACCAGACGGUCCUCAUGAGACAUGAGAACAUACUAGGCUUCAUCGCUGCUGACAUCAAGGGAACGGGCACCUUCACGCAGCUCUUCCUCAUCACAGACUAUCAUGAGAACGGUUCUCUGUAUGACUUCCUGAAGCUAACCAUGCUGGACACCCAAGCCCUGCUCAGGAUGGCCUACUCCACCGCCUGUGGCCUCUGUCACCUCCACACCGAGAUCUAUGGCACGCAGGGUAAACCCGCCAUCGCCCACCGAGACCUCAAAAGCAAAAACAUCCUGAUGAAGAAGAACGGGACCUGCUGCAUCGCCGACCUGGGCCUGGCUGUCAAGUUCAACAGCGACACUAAUGAGGUGGAUGUCCCUCUGAGCACGCGUGUGGGAACACGGCGCUACAUGGCCCCUGAGGUCCUGGAUGACAGCCUCAACAAGAACCACUUCCAGGCCUAUAUCAUGGCUGACAUCUACAGCUAUGGCCUCAUCAUCUGGGAGAUGGCCAGACGCUGUGUCACUGGAGGUAUAGUGGAGGACUACCAGUGUCCAUACUAUGACAUGGUCCCGUCUGAGCCCUCCUAUGAGGACAUGUUGGAGGUGGUGUGUGUUAAGGGACUUCGUCCCACCGUGUCGAACCGCUGGAACAGUGACGAGUGUCUGCGGGCCAUGUUGAAAUUGAUGUCGGAGUGUUGGGCUCAUAACCCCGCUUCCCGUCUCACCAUCUUGAGGGUGAAGAAGACUCUCGCGAAGAUGGUGGAGUCCCAGGACAUCAAGAUCUGACACAGACACAGGACAGACAGAGACCCUGAGGAGGAGAGGAAGGACGAUGUUCCUCUUCAUCUCCUUCAUGUUUUUAAUCUUUAUUGACCCUGGAUGGACAGAAGACCCCUCCCCCCUUCUCUGAACCAGAUUUUGAGAACAGGAAGUGAUGUUGUAGGUUUGACGCUUUCUGUGAAAGCCGGAGGAAGUGAUGGACACAGAUAUUUUGAUGACUUCCUGUCCGGAGGGGUGGGCGGGUGUGUGUGUGUGUGUGUGUGUGUGUGUGUGUGUGUGUGUGUGUGUGUGUGUGUGUUGAUUGUGGUAGUUGUUGAGGGGGGAAAAAAAUUCCGGUCCUUUGCCCACCCCACCUUCACCCCUUCCACUCAGUCUCAAAUCAAAAUGCCAAGUUUGUUUUAAUUCCUUACCUUUCUCCUGCCAUUUUGAAUAUAUCUCCACCCUUAUAGUCGAGGUGAUCAUGAAAUAAGGUACUCUAAUAAUAUGUGAAUUUCAUUGUGUAAAUAAAUGUUAUCAGUAGAUGCCGUGCCUACGUAUGAUGAGAGAAUAGAAAACAUUUUGCUGUAGUGGUUUUGACGUCCGGCCGACCGCAGAGACAGCAGCCAAGGACUCCCAGCUCACUGUGCUACCUUCAGCCUCGCCACCAUCACAGACCUGCUGGUAAAAACUGUGGAGCCAAGGGUCAGUAAGACGCGAGACUGUCUGCCGUCCUGUUUUUCGGUCUCCUCCCCUUUCCUCUCUGUCUGUCUGGCUGGCUGGCGUUGAAUCCCGUCUUCCUCCGUGUCUGUCUGAUACACGUAUUAUCUUUGCGUAUAACUUUUAGCAUAGCAGUACUUGUGGAGUUGCACGCAUGGGAGUGUGCGCGUGUUGUCAUGCAUGUCUGUUAAGAUAUUGGUUGUGUUUGACAGUGAGGUGUGUUUGCGUGUGCGCGUGAGUGCGUGUGUGACGUUCCCUGUGAAUUAAGCUAACCGUACAUGUGGUAGAUAUUUAAGAAAAUGACUUCUCCCUGCAGUAUCUCGUUUUCCUCUCUUUAUUAUAAUAUGCAAACUUAUGAGAAAAAUCUAUUAUGUCAAAUCUUAAUGUCUUCUUUUGUACAGCAUCUGGUUGGUGCCUUAUGAGUUUACCGAGGAGGAGAGAAAGCUCUGUAUACAGUCUGUCCAAUGUAUCCAUUUUUAAGUAAAUAACCUUAUUUUAGUACACAA